AUGCCUACCCCAUUGGAAAUCGAACUUCGAAGUCAAUGCUAUGCAUACGACCCGGCACUUGAGGUCGACACCAACUUUGGCUACGUCCCAUCGCUCGCUGCCGGGAUUGUCUUCACCACGCUAUUCGGCCUGUCGAUGAUCGCGCACACUGUACAAUUCAUUUGGACACGAUGGUGGUGGUGUUCUGUUUUCUCCGUUGGAGCUUUAGUCGAGGUUCUAGGCUGGGCAGGGCGAACCUGGUCUUCUCAGUGUCCAUAUGAAGCGACACCCUUCCUUAUGCAAAUAUCUACUCUCAUCAUCGCACCCGCCUUCUUCACAGCCGGUAUCUACGUCCUUCUAGGACGUCUCAUUCAAAUCCUCGGCCGCUCAUCCUCUAUACUAAGCCCCUCGCUUUAUCUCUGGAUCUUCUCCGCCUGCGACAUCAUCUCACUUGUCAUCCAAGCCGUUGGCGGUGGUAUGGCGUCCGGUCAAGCUGGUAAAAUCGGCGGCGACACCAAGCCAGGGACUGAUAUCAUGGUUGCCGGUAUCAUCUUCCAAUUAGUAUCCAUAACCGUCUUUGCCGUCUCCGCGGUCGACUUUUUGCGUCGUGUCUUGAAGCAACGACUUUUGCAAUCUGUGCAAGGCAGUGUUACGCCGUUGCUGCUUGCUAUGGUGUUUUCGAUCGUUCUGAUCUAUAUCCGAAGUAUUUACCGUGUUGUUGAGUUGGUGCAGGGCUGGUCCGGGUAUUUGAUCACUCACGAGGCUUAUUUUAUUGCCUUGGACGGUUCCAUGAUGGUUCCUGCUGUUGCAAUCUUCAAUAUUGUGCACCCUGGUUCGUUUAUGCCCAAGAGGAAAACGGUCAAUGACUUUGAUGAAUUGUCAAUGAAUGAAAGAUCAUAG